CGCAUGUUACGGGCGAUAUUCCGAAGGCGCGCGAGCGUAUUGAUGUGUUUGUGCGCACCUGGUGCCUUCUAGCGACAUGCGAAAUGCAACCACUUUGUCACGUAACUUAUCGUGCUACUGGCGGGCUGUGUAGGGCCCGCAGAAGAACACCUAUUGAGCAGACCCACACGACAAUUCACACGAUGCGUCUGUACAAACCGUGGUCCUUUUUCUUAUGGGUGUAUGCAUCCGCUGCACUCAUCUUUUUGCUCUUCGCCUCGGCGGUCCCGAGCCUCAUCUUUUCGGCGGUGGCCGAUGUUCCUCGUCCCAUAGCGGCCUCAAGUUCUAUUUCCCCCUGGGCUGCCGGUUACGGACAAAAGGACGCAACAGCUCUCAAGGAAGCGAACCAACUCGCAUCGAAAGGUCAUGCACGCCCAGAGGAUGAGAAUAACAGCAAAAAUAUUCCAAUUUUCCAGGAAGCCAAGGAAGGAUUGGCUGCGUCUUCAGCAAAAGUUAAAGGUGAACUCAACCGGCUGGACAGAGGCGGCGUGCCACAAAAUUUCGACCCGCGAAACAUCCAAGUCGUAUCUCUGGACAAUCCACGAGCAUUUAUGCACAUAGGUUUCCUCUCAGAGCGUGAAUGUGAUUUGCUUGUGGAGUACGCGAGGCCAAACAUGUAUAAAUCUGGCGUUGUUGACGCAUCUAAUGGAGGCAGUUCCUUUAGCAAUAUUCGCACAUCAACAGGAUCAUUUGUACCUACAGUUUUCCCCUUAGGAAUGAAUGAUGUGGUCCGACGAAUUGAGCGACGAAUUGCGGCAUGGACUCAAAUACCUGCGGCUCACGGGGAGCCCAUUCAAGUCCUGCGUUACCAAAUUGGUCAAGAAUACCAGUCGCACUUUGAUUAUUUUUUCCAUGAGGGGGGGAUGAAAAACAACAGAAUUGCGACUGUGUUGAUGUACCUUUCAGAUGUCAAGGAUGGAGGUGAAACGGUUUUUCCAAGCGCAGAAUCUCUGCAAGUUAAACCUGAACCGAUUCACCAUGCUUGCGCUAAAAAUGGAAUCACCGUGAUCCCCAAAAAGGGUGAUGCAAUUCUAUUUUGGAACAUGAAAGUAGGUGGUGAUUUGGAUGGCGGCAGUACCCACGCAGGCUGUCCUGUUGUUCUCGGAGAGAAAUGGACAGCAACAAAGUGGCUACAUGUUUCAUCAUCGACCGAGUUCGAUGCAAGACAGCGGGUGCUAAGGGAAGGAAGAGAAACCAACUUCGGAGGAUGCAGAAAUGCAAACAUUCAAUGCCAAGUUUGGGCUGAGCAAAAUGAGUGUGAGAGGAAUCCGCAGUAUAUGCGAGACACGUGCCACCUUUCGUGUGGCAUGUGUACAGGUAUUUGGCAAGAAGCUUCCUACAUUUAAAGGUGCUGCCGAAGAUUUCGUUAUCUUUUCCGCAUUUAUCUGAUUCUUGGAUCCGUUGGAGCUUUUUCCAUGUCAGUUUCGUGCUCGAAACGUCAUGAAUCAGGCCGCGUACUCGAACAUGAUUUACGACUUUUUUAGUGCGCGGGUAGAGUCGAGUCACGGCAGUCUGCGGAAUCAAGAUUAAUGUUUCGAAUCAUGAUUAAACAUC